UAUUUGUACGUGAACGUCGAACGUCGCGAAGUGUGCAAGAACGAGAUCCUCCGACGGCUGCACAGCCCGAAAAACGAAACCCGAUAACCGAUUAAUCAUCAAUUUUCCCACUUGUGUGUGAUUGUUGUUAAAAAAAAUUUCCACAGCAUAAAUAUUUAUUUGUGAAUCUGCAGUGUUAUGUGCGAAAUUGAUUAAAGUAAGCAAAGCAAUUGUUUAUUAAGUAGAAACAUCAAUGUGCGCCGAAUGGGCCUGUGAAAAAUGAGGAAUUGAAUAUGGCCAAUACAUAAAAUCCACCACAAAAAAUAAUGCUGACUGGCUGACUGACACCCUGCUCUCGACAAUACCGCAAACAAACGAUCAUAAUCGAGUCAUUCAUUUUUAAGUGCAUAAAAUAGCCGCUCAGUAAUAUUUGUUGUUGCUGCGGCUGCUGCUAUUCUGACAAAUACAUAACAGUGUUGCCAACUUGUUUGUGCUUCCUCAAAUAAUAUAGAAAGAGAGGGAGAGAGAGAAAAAAUACAAACGUCAGCUUGCAACAAAAAACCAAACUAAAUCAAAACAAAACAUUGAAAAAAAGUGUCUGCUGUAGCCUACCAAAUUUUGGGGAUUACGACAGCAGCUCUCCCGAAUACAUUUCUUCUUUGGUGGAUUACAUUAACAAUUUGUAAAACUGGCGGAGGAGACGGCAGAAAAUUCCAACAUGAGUUGGGGUAUUGAAUUAUGGGAUCAGUACGACAAUUUAGCCAUACACACAAACAAAGGCAUUGAAUUCUUGGACAAAUAUGCAAAUUUUAUACGUGACCGUUUAGCGAUAGAAACAGAAUAUGCCGCCAAAUUGAGGCGUUUAGUGAAAAAUUAUCAGCCCAAGAAAAAAGAAGAAGAAGAUAAUGAAUUCACAUCAUGGCAAGCUUUCCGCAAAGUUCUCAAUGAAAUCAGUGACUUGGCUGGACAACGGGAAGUUGUGGCUGAAUCCCUGCAAUUACAAAUCAUACAAGGCAUUUCAUUGCUCUCCAAAACCCUAAGGGAAGAACGAAAAAAAUGUCUUUCCAACGGUACCAUUUUACAUCAAAACCUCACCACACAACUGGCUGCAUUGGAACGGGCCAAACGUAACUAUGAGAAAGCUUAUCGUGAUUCGGAAAAAGCCGUUGAAAAUUACAAAAAGGCUGAUAUGGACUUGAAUCUGAGUCGAGCCGAGGUGGAACGUUACAAGAAUAUUAUGACGGCAAAGAUACAACAGUCAGACGAUGCCAAGAACGAGUAUGCCAAUCAAUUACAGAAAUCAAAUAAUCUGCAGCAACAGCAUUAUCAUGAACUAUUGCCGGAGGUAUUUAAUCGACUGCAAGAAUUGGAUGAAAAGAGAACCCGUGGCAUCAGAGAAUUCAUUAUUAGUGCCGCCGAUGUAGAGUCCUCUGUAGCACCCAUCAUUGCCCGGUGUCUUGAGGGCAUGGUCAAGGCCGGCGAAUCAAUUAAUGAGAAGGAGGAUUCGUAUAAAGUUAUCGAAAGAUAUCAAUCUGGUUUCACACCACCAGGCGAUAUACCUUUUGAGGAUCUUUCCAAAAUGGACACUCUUGAUACAUCCCAAGAGUCCCACUAUAAUCAUGUACAGUCCAGUCAUUUAACCGUUAAGGGUACCAUAAGUGCUAAUAAAAUUAAGAAACGUGUGGGGAUAUUCAACAUCUUUGGCAGUAAUAAGAACUCCCUAACUGCGGACGGACAAAAGGAAGAUUUCAGUGAUCUGCCACCCAAUCAACGACGCAAAAAACUCCAAGCCAAAAUUGCCGAACUGCAACAGAAGAUCCAACAAGAGACGGCGGCCCGCGAUGGUCUGAUGAAAAUGAAAGUCGUCUAUGAGGCCAAUUCAUCGCUGGGCAAUCCCAUGACCGUUGAGGGCCAACUCAAUGAAUCCGAACAUAAAUUGGAGAAACUAAAAAUGGAUUUGAAAAAAUAUCAAGGUUAUUUGGAGAAAGCCAAUCAAAUACCCAUUGCCAAUAAUAGCCCGCAAGCCAAUCGCACUCACAGUAUGAACAAUGGCCAUCGAUCGUCAAGGCAUUCCAACGGUAGCACCGAGGACAACAAUUUCGAUGGCGAUUUCCAUCCAGACGAUGCUGGUAGUUUAAGCAGGUCAGAUUCUGAGGAUAAUGUGGCGCAAAUUCAAAAUGGCCAUAAUAAUAACAAUAACGGCAGUUCGGCAAGUCCUGAAAGUGGAUUGGGUACAUCACACACCUCGUUACCGGGAUCCGGUCAUGGUAGUACCCAUGAAAAUGCAAUUGGUGAGGAUGCCUAUUAUGAAACAGAAAUGGAACCCCUACAGCCGCUGGGAACGUGUCGAGCUUUAUAUCCCUUCGAAGCCACAAGUGAGGGUAGCAUACCCAUGAAUGAGGGCGAAGAACUACAAGUGAUUGAAAUUGAUCAGGGUGAUGGGUGGACGCGUGUGCGUCGCAUUAACAACACAAACGGCUGGGAUGAAGGUUUUGUGCCCACAAGUUAUAUUGAAUGUACACUAUAUGCUUAAGUCACCAACCACCACACACCACACAGUCUAUCUAAAGUAAAAAAAAAAAACAAACAUUAACUACUAAUUUGCUAAAUGCGACAAAAAAUAUAAAUACAUAUACAAAUUAAAUAUAAAAGAAAGAAAAAAAAUCAACAACAAAACUACUAUAACCGGAUGAAAAUUAUAAUUUGAGUAAAGCCAGAAAAAAAAAUCAGAACUCAACAAUUUUCCGUUUUAUUUUAUCAUUAUCAUUCAACCAUAUAAUGUAUUCUUUUUUUAGUUUUGCAGUUAUUCUUUUUUUAUUAUUAUUAUAAUUAUUUUUAUUUUAAUUAAUUACAAAGAAAUAGUUUGUACCACGAAAAAGAAAAACAAUAUUAAUAGACUUUGUUUAUUUUUUAAAUAUAUAAAUAAAUAUAAAUAUUAUUUUACAUGUCUAUGAUGUAAACAUAAAAAAUAGAACUAUAAAUAAUAAUAA